CAAAUAUCGGAGAAUAUAUUCCCAAUUAAUCAAGCACAAAGGCAGCAGCUGCAUACAAACAUAUUGUACCUGUCUGUAUGGGAUGCCGGGUCACGGGUAUCGGAAUCAUGAUGUUGUACAAUGUAUGGAAGUCGCGCUAUCGUCCAGUCAACGCCGAGCCCCAGUCCGGCGGCGCACAUGACCACGCUGCUUUAUCGAGAGACGACUGGUCGUCGAGCGGGAACGGGAUGGAUAUCUGCGGGGAUGGCUGGGACCAGGCAACGGUCGGCCAGGCUGGGUCUGUGGGUCCAGAAGGAGCACGCAUGGAACAGAAGGCUAUCGAACAGUCGAACAGCUUCUGGUAGCCAACGGGAGCGCCAUGGGGGAGAGAUGAUUGCCGCGAACGAGGCCUUCUCUAAUCCCUGGGCUCGUGCACCGUCGAACCCGUCAAUCCCCAUGUCCGCAGAAACUCCCCCCGGAGCUCCGUUCUCCAUCAAUGAAGUCCUGUGAUGGGCUGGACAAGCGUCCGAGGCUCGAGUGCUCUCGGAUGGAAUUCGGGGAAACACUACGUUGCACACCGGCCGGCAUUGGACUCGACAGGAGUGUUGCAUUGUGUUUAUACUAGAAUGGGCAUGCGCGGUCUGUUUCCCGAGACACUACAGUAUAGGACGAAAACAAUUCGUUGCAAUUCGAGACUGGACGGGAGUCGGCACCCGACCUGCUUGAAGCUGAUUGUGACGUGACAGCACUUGCGUCACCGAGAUCACCAAUGGCUUGCUAUGAACUUCGACUCCUUGCAUGAGCUCUCCACUGGUAGUCCCGCCACCACGCGCACCAUCCGAUUGAGGCGCUCGACGCACCUGGCUCCCAACCCCACAUUUCAUGGCGCGCAGCUGCCGAGGAAGCACGCGGCCACGGCAUUACUGAGCCGCGGGUUCCCGUACUCGCGGUCCGUCCUCGGUCCGUCCGCUAAACAAGACUGGGGAGGCUGACUGCGAGGAUGAUAGACGGCUGACGGCGCACGACUCGUGUGUCAACGCACUCGCAUUUUCGUCCCAGAAUGGCCGGUUCCUUGCCAGCGGUGGGGAUGGUGAGCAUGCAUGCAGAUCGAGUGCCACCGAUGCUGGUCGGUCUGACCUCAUGCCCUGCCCAGAUCUCAGUAUCCAUCUCUGGGAUCUGCAUUCUGAGACCGUAAAGAAAAGACCAUCAUGCACCUUCCGCGGUCCUGUUGUGAGCUGAGGCCGCUCACGGUCUAUUGAGUGACUUUGAUCAGUGGUGUGUAGAGGAACAUAUUUGUCCUGGCGUUUUCUGCUCACAACCGUUUCAUUUUCUCAGGGGGGGUCGACGAGACAGUCCUCAAGUUCGACGUCGCAGCUCAUCUGGAACGCGGAUUGGAUUCACAGGUUUUCCACACUCCCGAUGCUCGUUUUUAUGACCACGAGGACUCUAUCCGGGCUAUUUCUCCCCAUGUUGUUCAAGAUGAGGUUUUCCUUACGGCCAGACGGGAAGAUCCUCAUACACGACGGAAGAGCACGUAUACGAGCCCAGGACACACUCCAGAUCGAUGCGGAGGUGACGAGUGUCCAGUUUCACCCUAUGAUGGAGCACAUCUUCCUGUCGAGUGAUUCGCGCGGGCGGGUCUGCUUGCGAGAUACGCGGAUGGCUUUCGGGCCAAGUUCAUCGAGAACGAAGGAAGGCGUCGUGCACAGCUACCAUACCUACAUUUGUCGUCGCUCCUCUUCCUCUUUGGCUCGUCUGGAAACAAGCAGCGUUGUGUUCAACAGUGAUGGCUCUCAACUCUGUGCUACCAACCUCCAUCACCACCCUAUAAUCUACAACUUGAACGAUCCAUAUCCUGUCGCUGUCUGCAGCGCACCAAAUCUCCCCGAUGGUACUCCCGUGCCUGUAAACGAACGCACAUACCAGAACAUGUGCACCAUGAAGCACGGGUCCUUUGGCGGGCCGGGGCUCAACACGGAUUCAUUAUAUGCUGCCGGCUCUGACGAUUUCAGGGCGUACAUCUGGGCUCUUCCCCCGUCUCAUGAACUGACUGAGCGGCGGCGAGUGAUGUCGUAUCGGGACUGGACAGCGGAGGAGCACACUGGUGUCACAGGUAAGUGAUCCUCAUGUGUGAAUCGAGCCACGUCCCAAGCUGCGGGACACAAAGCUUUCGCAGACGACAUCCACGGGCCACGAUAUGUCCCGGUCGAGCUCGACACGCCUCUGGCAAGACUCGGCGGGCACCACAGGAUCGUGAACACUGUGAUCGUGCAUCCAGAAAUGCUUGUGGCUGCGACUUCCGGUGUCGAGGCCCAUGUCGUCCUCCAUGGCGCCGCGGAGUCUCUGUUAGGCGGGCUGUCCAGAACAUCGCAGAACACCCGGGCCAUCGGAAGCAGCUGGGAGUGGGCGAGCGCUGCCGGCGAAGAUGAGCGGGACGGGCAUUGGGUCGAAGAGCAGCAAGACACGGUGCAGAUGUUCGAUAG